GGAAAUGACCACAACCUCCUCACACCACAUUCGGUGGACCAGCUAUUAUCAUGUUGGUGAUACGCCGGUCUUCCUAGUUUUGUUCAGCACUCACGAGCAGGUAGACAACUAGAAGCAGAAUCGACACAGAGUGGACUCCACCGGUGUGACCGAGAGUAAGUUAGCUGCAACUUGGGUGUUUUUCCCCGGUGAUGGCGGUGUCAGUCUCCAGGGAUCUGACGGUGCAGGUGCUGGAGGAUGUGAACACUGUCAAGCUCACUGACAGACAGCAGGCUCUGCGUGCUGCUGUCCAGAGAGGAGAGCCCAAAUGUCUGGGGGUGAGUCAGGUGAUGCUGGGGCUCAUGGUCAUGUCUUACUCCAUUCCUCUGCACUUCACUGAGGUCACUGAGGUGGUCCGCCUGGGAGUGCCUUGGUGGAGCGGCCUGACGUUCAUCACAGCAGGAGUGGUCGCUAUCAUCUUGGACAAACACUGCACCAUAAAGAUUCUGCGGGUGUGUUUGAUGGCGACCGCAGUGUCCACUGUGUUGUCAGUGGUGGCUUUAAUCAUCUACUCUGUGGACAUGGGAAAGAAUCCUGAGGUGCCCUGCGUCAAGUUUCUGGAUCGCAACUGUACUGACAAACACUCUGUCACGAGGCUGAGCAGAGGAGUGAAGUCGUCCCUCCUCAUCUUCACCCUGGCCCAGACAGCCAUCUCUGCCAUUCUCUGCUUCCUUCUCUUCAGGCAGAGACACGGCUUUGGACAGUACGCUUCUCUCACUGAAGCUGCUUCAUCAACCCCCACAGCACUCAUACCUCCCGACCUGAACUGAUCAUUCAAUGAUCCAGUAGUCUUUGAGGUGAUGGAUCCCUUCUCAUCAUGACCUCUUUCACAGAAAUGAUCCCCUGUUGUAUGUAAUGACUUUGUCUAUCUGCUUGCAUGUAUGAUAUAUCCACAGUGCUUCCUGACAUGUCACCAGGAGAAUUUGCAUUUUAAGUGUUAUUAUGAAUGGCUGCCAAGAGCUGAAUAUUCGAUUUUUGGUACAUUACAUUAUUGUUGGUAUUGGUUCAGCCAAAUUAGUCAAAACUUCAAUGAACAAAUGUAGUAAAAAAAUAUGUAAUGGAAGAACUUUGACAAAUGCAUUAAAGGAGAGAGAGGAAAGAUGGAACAAUGUGUAAAAUGUGAUAAAAUCACAAGACACUUUAGUGUCCAUGAAAUGUGAAAUUGUAUCCUGAUAGUGGUAGCAAACUUUCUGGGUGGUACAUGAUGCAAAGUGUGCAGGAAGUUGUGGGCAUGUAUGCUCACAGUGCACCUAUACUGUCACCACAUAGCAUGUACAUUAAAAGCUGGAUCAAGAUCACGUGUGUGUAAUCAAGGCCAUCAAGACAGUGAGCUCAAUAUAGCCAAAGUGCAUUUAAAACAGCACCAUUCAUUUGAAAAAAAGCAAACAAUCACAACUCAAGGUUCACUUACUAACUUUUCCAGUGCUUUGUAUCACAUGUUUAUCAUCAGUGGAUGGAGUAUGCUCAGGAUCUGUGAACAAUCAAUUUUAGUAGUUUAGCUGUAUCAGCUCCAUCUACUGAUGAGGACUUUAUGAUACAAGUUGGAAUUUUUCCAAACGUCAAGAAUUCAUUUUUCUACCUAAAGAUUUUACUUUAAUGUCCUGAAUAACCAAUUUAGAACCCAGGCCUCCAUUAUGUCCAGAAUCUCCCACUCCUCAUGAGAAAGAGAAACACUCACUGCAGGUGAGGAAGAGGAAACCUCACUUCUCACUUCAUGCUGCACUUUGCUCCAUGUGUCCACACAGACACAAAGCCUUCUGAUUUCCAUUCUGUUUCUUACUUUGAAUAUGUUUUCAUGGUGUUGUUGCAGUCUUCUGGAACAGAUGGUGUGCAUUAUGACUUGUACUGUUUUUGUUUUUCUAGACUUUACAAAAGAUAUGCUCCUUGAUCUUUGAUAUAGUUUUGUAUAUUUUAUACUAAAUACAAUCUUAUGUGCGUAUGAAUUACA